AUGAAGCCCUUCUGGCUUGCAUUAGUCAUCGCUGACCUUACCCGAAGCUCUUCGGCUAUCCUUCAAUACUCUUACAAUAUUUUACCCAGUUCGACCACUUCGUCCACACUGCUCAGCGCUUCAGAAACAUCUUCAUCUUUUGAGCUCAAGCCUUAUACUGACAACGACGACUGUCGACCCGUCAAGCAGUCUUACCUCAUUGCCAACUGGUACUGCGCUCUCUACGUCAAGUUCGACCAUCAUCUCAUCCGCAUCUACGACGAUCAGCACGUCAAGCAGUUCGAGUUCGUCAUCACCCAUUAUCGCUGUGUCUUCCUCAAAUUCAAUCUUAGUGCUGUCGACAAGUUCCACUUCAUCAAACAGCGUCAGUUCCGUGCUUCUCAGCUCGACGCUUACUGUAUUGCGUACUUCUUCAAGCUCGAGUACUUCUUCGGGUUUGAGUACUUCUUCAAGCUCUGGUACUGUCUCGCCAACAACCACAUCUUCAUUGGCAUCGAUAGGCUCUACAACAACGCCCUCUUCAAACACAACAUCAGUUCCAACCUCUGCCGGAGAGUCGCAGACUACGCCUUUGGAGGUACAGACAACAUUCCAGAGUCUUAUAUCAGAUGGUUUCUCUUCGACUUCCAGCACCCUCGCUAUCUCCUCAUCGGCAACGACGGACGAACCUCCUAG